AUGACACAGCCAAAUAUGUUCCAAAAUACCCAACAGGGUCAAGGAACUCAAGCAAUGAACUUCUUCCAAGGACAACCUCAACAACCUCAACAGUUCCAACAACAACCUCAGAACAACUUUGCUGGGAUGGGUUCGUUCUUUAAUCAACAACAAGGAACUAAUGUUAAUGGCCAACAGACACAACCCACCGCAUUUCAGGGUUUCCAAAAUCAAAUGGGAGGCCAACAAAACCAAAUGAAUACCCAAGGUCAACAGCAAGGUCAACAACAAAAUUUCAUGAAUACCCAACAACAACCACAACAACAAUUCCAAUUCACUGCGAAUAGCCUUUUCGGUAAUCAACAAGGCUUGGCUAAUACUCAAGGACAACAAAUGCAACAACAACCAAAUAUGCAAAUGCAGGGGUUCCAAAAUCCAAUGGGAACUCAACAGAACGUUAUGAAUACUCAACAACAACAACCAAUGCAACAACAAAAUUUCAUGAAUACCCAAGGUCAACCACAACAACAAUUCCAAUUCACUGCAAAUAGUCUCUUUGGUACUCAACAACCAAUGGCUAAUACUCAACAACAACAGCAACCAAUGCAACAAAAUUUCAUGAAUACCCAACAACAACCACAACAGCAGCAACAGCAGCCUCAACAACAACAACAACAAACAAAUUCGUUGUUCCAAAAUAAUGUGCUGCAAACUAACACUCAACAACCAACGGCUCAAACAACUACUCUUAAUACUACAAUGCCUACUUUAAAUACUACACCUCUUCAAACACAAACUACUACAAAUACUCAACAACCACAACAAUCAACUCAACCUACCGGAAAUACACUCUUGGGUAAUCUUAACUUCACAAAUCCAAUGGCAACAACUUCUACACCAUCUCAACAACCAAAUAACGGCCAAAGCGGGACUACCCAGAAUACAACAAUUAACUUACAAAAUACAACAGGCACACAAAAUAUUACAAAUCCGCUUGGUACUUCGGCAACUUCAACCCCAGCAGCUACUACUACUACAACUACAGCAAAUAGUUCGAAUCCAACUACUACGACUCCAGCAGCAAAUCCUAUUAAUGGAUUGACACUUGGAACUUCAACAACACCAGCUACUACUACACAACCGUUUGCAGGGUUCGACUUCAAUAAAACCAAUUUGGCGGAUUCUGCGAAUUCUACACCAGCAAAUACAACGACUUUAACAACCCCAACAACAACGGGAACAUCGACAUCAACUGUUGGGGAUGCUACAACAACACCAAAUGCCGGAACAUCAACGACUACUACGACUACUACACAACACCCUGCAGCUACUGCAAGUAAAGACACAACAACAAUUGGCGAUUUCAGUUUUGUAAAUCUGAAUUUUGAUAAACCAGCAAGUACUACAGCUCCAACGACAACUACAGGAAAUGACGCGACAACUACAACUCCACAAACCCCUGCCACUACUACAAGUACAACUACUGCAGCAAUUCCUUCGAUUGAUUUUACCAGUCUUAAUCUUGGGAAUCCAGCUAGUUCUACUACUACAGCUUCAACUAAUACAACCACUACAGGAACUACAACUUUGGGAACAACUUCAAUACUUGGUGGAAUCACGGCGGAUAAACCAGCGACUACCACUAGUACCCCAGCAGCAACUACUACCACCCCUUUAUUCACAUUAAAUCUUGAUACAAAUACUGCUGCAGCGCCGGCAAGUACAACUACAACGCCAGCUACUGACACGAAACCAGCUGGAGAUUUGAAUAACCUUUCAUUCAACACGAAUUUGUUUGGAAACACCGCUACAACGGGGAUUGGAAGUACGGGAGAUGAUAAGGGACUUGGGGCAGCGGGGACCACCGGAAGUACGGGAAGUCUAGGACUGCAAUUUCCAUCGUUGUCGGGGAGCACGUUGGGUUCACUGAAUAAUGGGAUGUCGGGGACGACACUUGGUGGGAUUGGAGGAUCAGUAGGCGGGCAAGCUGGUGUAUCAGUAGAUGCAGUUAUUCAGGGAGAGGCGGAUCUUGCGUUUGUGCGUGCGAAAAUGACGCCACUUGAAGACGCAGUUGAGGAGUGGAAGAAUGAGAUGAGUGCGGAUAUGAAGACAUUUUCUGAGAUCUCAGGGAAGAUUCGAGGGCAAAAUGAAGCGAUAAUGAAGGCGGAAAGUGAGUUAGACGAAUUGAGAGAGUUUGUGCGGGAUGUGCAAACGAUGAAAGAACAAAUGAAGAAUGUUGUUGGACAGAUAGAGAAAGAACAAAACAAUAUCGAGAAGAUAGUCAAUGACAUGGUAGCAGCACAUCCAACAAAGGAAGGGACUUCGAAGAAUGUGGUACAAAAUGUCAGCGACACAAUAGAAUCGAUGACGGGGAAAUUUGGAGAGAUCCAAAAAUUGAUCUCAGAUCAUAACUAUGGGGAAGUGCCAAACGGACAAAAGAAGGAAUGCGUCCAAAUUCUGCAACUCUUAAAUGCACACCGAAGAACAAUAGACUGGAUGAACACAACAGCAGAAGAAAUCUCACAAGGCCUUGCUGAGAUGAACACGAACAUUAACUAUUAA